CGUUGCCAUUUCAGAUACAUAACACUAUGAGGCAGCAAAACACCAUUAGUUCAGAGUCAGAUCUGCUAUUUUUAGAUUGGCUAAAAGGAGGCCGUGCCCAGAGCAAAAGGAAGUGUAGGAAGUAUCAAAACAAGAUUCACAGAAGUCGUAUUUGUUGGGAUAGUAACUGUGUUUUGAUUGUGUUUUCCAGGAUGUUGCAGUUUUUAGAAGAUUUUCUGGACUCCCUAAAUAUAAGUCACACAUCUUUCCGAGUUUAUAUUUUUGCUGCUGUUAUUCUCAUGUUCUCACUUAUUAUUUGUCAAGUCGUUUUAAAGAUGGCAGCAUUCAUUUAUGCUUACAUCAUCAAUGCCAGACGCCUGCGUUGUUUUCCAGAGCCGCCAAGACGUAGCUGGCUUUUAGGACAUUUGGGAAUGUUCUUGCCAACAGAGGAGGGCCUUAUGGAAGUGAGUGAGGCCAUCUCUAAAUAUCAUAGAACGAUUCUGACAUGGCUGGGACCCAUCCCUGCGGUAUCACUGAUUCACCCAGACACAGUUAAACCGAUAGUUUCAGCUUCAGCUGCCAUUGCUCCUAAAGAUGAAUUGUUCUAUGGUUUCCUCAGACCCUGGCUAGGGGAUGGACUGUUGCUUAGCCGUGGGGAGAAAUGGAUGCGGCACCGGCGUCUUCUGACACCUGCCUUCCAUUUUGACAUCCUUAAAUACUAUGUGAAGAUUUUUAAUCAGAGCUCAGAUAUCAUGCAUGCAAAGUGGAGGAGGUUGGCAGUAGAGGGCCCUAUGUCUCUUGAUAUGUUUGAACAUAUCAGCCUGAUGACCUUGGAUACACUUCUUAAAUGUACUUUCAGCUAUGACAGUGACUGCCAAGAGAAGCCAAGUGAUUAUAUUGCUGCUAUUUAUGAACUGACUUCGCUAGUGGUGAAGCGCGAGAACUGCUUGCCCCAUCAUUUUGAUUUUAUCUACCACCUCUCCUCUGAUGGAAGAAAAUUCCACCAGGCUUGCAAAAAAGUACAUGAAUUCACUGCAGGAGUGGUAGAGCAGAGAAAGAAGGCAUUGCAAGAGAAGGGGAUGGAGGAAUGGAUUAAGUCUAAACAAGGCAAAACCAAGGAUUUCAUUGAUAUUCUAUUGCUGUCAAAGGAUGAAGAUGGAAACCAGUUGUCUGAUGAAGAUAUGAGGGCCGAAGUAGACACAUUUAUGUUUGAAGGUCAUGACACCACAGCAAGUGGAUUAUCGUGGAUUCUAUACAAUUUGGCUUGUCACCCUGAAUAUCAAGAGAAAUGUAGAAAGGAGAUUACAGAGUUACUGGAAGGGAAAGACACAAAGCAUUUGGAGUGGAAUGAAUUGUUGCAGUUGCCAUUCACUACAAUGUGCAUCAAGGAGAGUCUGCGGCUUCACCCUCCUGUAAUUGCAGUUACAAGACGCUGUACAGAGGACAUCAAAAUACCUAAAGACAAUGUCAUCCCCAAAGGAAACAGCUGUGUGAUCAGUAUUUUUGGAAUUCAUCACAACCCUGAGGUCUGGCCUAACCCUGAGGUUUAUGACCCAUAUCGCUUUGAUCCAGAAAACCUCCAGGAAAAGCAUUCCCAUGCAUUUGUACCAUUCUCGGCUGGACCCAGAAAUUGUAUUGGACAGAAUUUUGCGAUGGCUGAGAUGAAGAUUGUAUUGGCUCUAACCCUGUACAACUUUCAUCUGACAUUGGAUGAAACCAAGACAGUACGCAGAAAACCUGAGCUGAUCCUACGAGCAGAAAAUGGACUCUGGCUGCAGGUGGAAGAACUGAAACGUUAAUGUAAAACAUGACUGCUUAUGGCAGAACCAACUGGCUUGGAAAAGCAUACAACUUAAUAUGAAGUGUGUCAAACGAAAGAAUCAUUUUGGUAAUACAGAACUGUGUUUACUCACUUGGGUGUCCGCAAAUACAGGCAAGAGGGGGCAGUCCCCCCCCCUCCCACCACCACUUUAGCUAUUUCCAAGAAAAUAUUUUCAAUUCAAGUUCCCAAAAAAUCAUCUUUUACUCACAUUGAAAUAUCAGAUGGGAGGAUUUGAAGGGAAAAAUGCAGUGUCUGUAUUAUAGGCAGUUAUCUUAAAAAAGGAACUAGGAAAACUUUCCCAAAUAGUUUCACACCCCUGAUCCUAUAACCACUAAGGGUAAAGGUUUGACUCUAUGCUUUUUGAGGCAAAAGAUAACCUUUUUUGAGUGUAAAAUCAAUUUGUCUCACAAGUGUUCAAUUAAUCGACUUAAUUACAAAAUUCAUGAACUUAAUUCAUAAGUGCCAAUAGAUAACUCAGUGAUAACAAUAGUUAAUUAAUAAUAUGUGCACCAAUGCAGAAUGGAGCAACUUGAUCAGUGACUCACAAAGUGCCAGUACAAAUUAAAUAAGAAAAUUUGGGAUACAAAUAUUUUUCUUUCAGCCAGAGACAAAAAUUAAGGCCACCUUAAUCCAAAGAAUAAGAAGAAAUUGGAAAUAAAUAAAUGGUGAAGCUGUUCCCUUUAACUCCUAUAUUUUGAAAAAAAUAUCAAGGGAGAUUAAAACAGGUAUAGUUAAAAAAGUUCUGGGUAAAAAGUAGAGACUUGGCGCAAUUACAAAAAAAACAAAACAAUAUAAACAUGAGCUUAAAGGAGUUGUUCACCUUUAAAUUAACUUUUAAUAUGAUAUAGAGAGUGAUAUUCCGAAACAAAUUGCAACUGGUUUUCAUU